AUGUCUUAUCAGUUGAAAAAGGAAGAGUGGAGUACCAAACUUGAUGAGGAUGAACGAAUUACUGACUGGUCGUCUGUUAUUCAACCAAACUAUGUUUUGGCGGUCUUCCUUACGGACAAAGGCAAAGUUCUCAUGUAUCACCAAGUCGGAAAAGAAAUUAAACAUUCUUGUACUCAUUUAAACAAACUUGCUCCAACAGUAAAUGAAGCCUCUAUUGUAUGUUUUCUUGCCGAUGCUAGUGGUUUAACGUUCAUUCUUCCAAAAGGAAAUGUUUUACUUGCACCAAUUAAUUCUAUUUUGGAUGUGCCAUGGGGUAGAUGUAAUAUUUUGACAAAGAAUGCAGUUUCCAUUUUGGAAGUUAGUGGAGUAGAAGAAGGAUGCUUAUGCAUACCAACAUCAGCUCUCUGUUACAAUGGUCUGCAAUCACUGCGGCCGUAUUUAAUAUAUGCUAACAAGGCUGGACAACUGUUUAUAAUUGAUUUAACAAUGAUGGUCGUGUCGGUAAUAGUACGUGCUCCGGAAAGUAUCCACGAUCUUGCACUUUUUAGUAGCAGGAACACCGUACAUUUGUUGAUAAGUGGAUUUACUGGCAAGCAGUGGAUACUACCACUAGAAACAGGCGAUCGUGGCCUACGAGAGACUUUGAGCCGAGUUAUACCAUGGGAUUUAAAAGAACAAAGUCAAAGGAGAUUGCAAAUCAGUGUUACUCCUGAGGGAAUGCUCGCUGUCCUAAACUCGGAGGAUUGUGUUGUGAAAUUUUACGAUGAUAUAGAAAUUAGAACAGAAAAAAACUGUAUCUCUGUGCCUCAAAACACAUGGCAAGUAUAUAAGUUCUCUCAUACAGUAUUCGCUUUUACUGAUCAAACUCCUGAUUUUGGAACUUCGAUCUACUUCUCUAAUUUGUUCAAAACCGAAAGGCUUUUUUAUGAAAAAAUCUUGGACUUUACUGAGGGGAAAGUCUUUGGCAUGAUCCCGAUUUUCUGGAGCUCUGUAUUGCCGAUAUGUUUGCUUGUAACGGAACACGGUGUUAUUUCUCUAUCUCCAGCGAAAUCUAUAUCUGAGUUUUUCGUUGAAUAUGUUGCGAAGCAUGACUACGACUUUAGGGCUUGCAAAUCGGUCGCUAUAACAUUUGUAGAAGAAGAUUCCACAAGCUUUAUUCCCGAUGUCUUCGAUAUUACUCUUUCAAAUCUUGAGGACUGUAAAAACCAGCAACUUAUUCUAACCAGGCUGAUUCAUUUCGCACUUGAUUUAUCCGUGCCACUUACCACCGUAAUACAGUGGUGUACGAAGCACAGGUGUGAAUACGCACUCAUGGAAAUUGUAAAAAAUAGGUGUGCAGAGAAUCCAAAUGAGCUAAGUAAACAUCACAUGAUUGAGAUAUGUGUGGCUCGCUAUGAAAUCUUCCCGCAGGAGAGAGACAAGAUUGAAACUACUUUAUGUAAUUUCUUGGUACAUCAUCCAAAUGUUCACCUUGGUAUGGAGCGGCUGUUCAGUGCAGAUUUCUGGAAUGCCAUUUCCAUAGUUGUUGAUAAUAUAUUCUGCAAAGCAACAGCAGUAGCUGUACAUCUGACAAGAACGGAAAAUGAUUGGCCGACAACUUAUAACCCAUUUAUUGUCAAAAUUUUAGCAUUUUUAUUCUGGGAAUUUAUGGAAAAGGAUGACGCUAAAGUGCUUUUGCGGCGCAUGACAGAAUAUUUGCCUCACUUGAAAUCUCUACCCCAUUUCACUUCCUUUGCGAAAGUUGCAUUUGAACAAUUAUCGAAAUAUCCUCACGAAGCUACUGUAUUAUACGUGUUAUCAUCGUUGCGUUUGUUACAAGGAGCAUAUAGCACUUAUCUUUCUUCACCGACGAAGAACAUUAUCUCAAGCGGUUCCAAUGUCAUUUCUGUAUUAACAUCGGAAGAGACGGUUGGGUAUUGGGGAGAAUUUUCUUUGAAUACAUGCAAAGUAGAUUAUAGAAGUUUUUCCAAACAACACAUAUCUCAUUUGCGUAUGCUGGAUAUACCUGUUCGAGUUUGUAGUAUUUCUUGCGGUACAGAGCAUUUGCUUUGUUUGACCGUUGAUGGGAAAAUAUAUACCAUUGGACGAAAUAGAUUUGGUCAGUGUGGCGUUGGUCAUACUGAAGAGGUUAUGAAAGCUACAGAAGUUAUUGGUACUUAUGGCGAUGCAUCUAUAAUUUGCGCAGGCCAUUAUCAUUCAGCGCUCAUUAAUAGCAAAGGAUUUGUUUUUACAUGGGGCUGGUCGUUUUACGGUCAGCUAGGUAUUGAUUGUCGCUCUGCAUGUAGUAAUAUGUGCAUUCCUACUUUGGUAACGUCUCUAAAAGAGCGAGUUGUUUCGGUUGCGUGUGGGUAUGCACACACACUAUUUCUAUCGGAAUCAGGUGUUGUUUAUGCCUGCGGUAAUGGAACAUACGGACAAUUGGGUAAUGGUCUAGAAAUAAAGAAACGUUAUGAGCCUGAAGCAGUUGUUAUUCCUGAAAAGAUUAUAAUGAUUGCUUCGAAAUACUUUCACUGUCUUGCUGUAUCUAAAAAGCAGAAAAUUUAUUGCUGGGGUAUCGAUCCACGUACACUUAAAACGAGGGUGUUUGUCAAGCGAAAAUCACUCUCAGAAACGAAUAAGGCUCUUCCAUCUACAGAAAAGAAAACUAAUAAACCUUCUGUCAGUCGAAUCCAUUUGUCGGUUGCGGAAGUGAAACACAUGGUACGGGGAAAAAUACAACAGAUUGAUGCAGGCUAUAAUCAUUCAGCUCUAAUUGAUCACUACAGAAUUCUCUACACAUGGGGAAAAAGUUUAGAAAUGCAGUUAGGUCAUGGUAACAAAAAAGAACAAUGGGGACCUCACCCGAUACUUAAGCCAGCCAAUAUGAGUUGGAAUUUUGUCUCGUGUGGCUGGGAUUUUACUUCGGCAGUAACGUCUCUAGGUAGUGUUUAUGUUUGGGGAAGAAACAGUAAUGGUAAUUUGGGUGUGGAGUCAUAUCUUCAUCCACAAUCCAACCGUAAAAUUGUAUUUAAAACAUCAAAAGGUCAACCGAAAACGAUUGAUGUAAUGGAUAACGGAUCUAAUCUGUCGCAACCAACCCGAUUUCCAUUUAUAGUUCCAUCUACAUUUGAAGAAGCAUUUUAUUGCGAGGUGCGUAAACAAAAUUUCGUUAAUUUCGCAAAAACAUUGGAUCCGAAAACAAUCUCAUCUAUUUCUGCUCAAUUGCUCAAAAAUCCAUAUUAUUGCCUUCCUGCUGUAUACCUGCAUUUGUUAGCCGGUGAUCUCGUUCAUGCUAUUGAAUUCCUUGCGCAUAUACCACCAAAAGAAAUAGAAGCUGUGGCGGAUAACAACAACGUUCCAAAAGAAAGCACUUCUUCCACGUUAAUUGAUGUUGUUUGGGAUUUAAUAUCUAAACAUCCAAACUUUGCAGUACAGUCUAAUAUGAUAUCAGAUUUGCUUACCAAUUUUAACUGUGAUGACCAAGCAGUUAAGUGCAAGAAGUUAUGUACCAUUGCUCCACUUAUUUUAAUUUCGAAACCAGAAAUGUUACCUUUAUUGAACUCAUCUCGCACUCUAGACAUUUUGGAACAGUGGUGCCCCGAACCGUCGAGUGGCUCUUUACAAGUCUCGCAGAAUUCUCUACAGAAUCACUCAGGACGAGUGCGUUAUUGGACUUGCUGUGGUGAUGUAGAGAACUGUACUACAGUGGCUCAUAAUAGAAGUGGAAUUGAUAAAAGACGGAUCUGUCCAAAAUGCUGUGAGAAAUGGUCAGGUGCUGUACGGGCAAAGCUUUUUCGGCAUAGUUUGUAA